AUGGCCUCGUAUUCAUACUCAAGCAACAACAGCUCAGAGAUUCACACACCACGCUCAGCAUCUCCAUCUUCCGUCACCAGCCGCUCUUCAGCUACCACCGUCAGCAGACAACGAUUAUCCCUCUCAGGUAGAAGGAUGUCUGGAUUCAACCCAAUGGCUUCGGUCGAUACCUCAGCAAUUGAAGCUGCUAUGAAAGCUUCAUCUCUCGAUACCCUUCGAGGGUACUCCACAAGCACAUAUGGUACCGUACAGCAAUAUCGGACAACGGACUAUGUCCCAAAAUCCCAUGCUGGAGGUUAUCAAGUACUAAGGGAACCAGCAUGGAAUAAAGGUACAUCUUUCACUCCAGACGACAGAGUAUCAAAGAACCUCACAGGCCUCAUACCACAUGUCCUAGAGACGCUGGAUACACAAGUUAUGCGAGCGAUGCGAAUGAUCAACACCCGAUCGACCAACAUCGACAAAUACCUAUACCUCUCCUCCCUCAAAGCCAGCAACACCGAUCUUUUCUACCGCCUUUUAAUUGAUAAUGUUGAGCAGCUGAUGCCGCUCGUAUAUACCCCAACAAUUGGUGAUGUGUGCUUACAAUACUCAACUAUAUAUACCAGACCCGAAGCUCUUUACAUUUCCAUUAAGCAGCGAAAGUCGAUUCCUACCAUCCUCCGAAACUGGCCAUACCCAAACCCUUCCAUCUGCGUCGUCACUGAUGGCUCGCGUAUUCUUGGUCUCGGUGAUUUGGGUGUAAACGGUGUUGGUAUUUCGAUCGGAAAGCUUGCUUUGUACACUGGUGCUGCUGGUAUUCACCCAGAACAGUGCUUACCCAUUGUGCUUGAUUGUGGUACUGCUAACGAAGGCAAUCUUCGCGAUCCUCUCUACCUCGGAUUGAGACAAAAGCGUGUUUCGCCUGAGGUUGCAUUGGAAUUCAUGGACGAGUUCAUGGCUGCCGUCAAGGAAGUAUACCCUUCCAUGCUUGUUCAGUUCGAAGAUUUCGAGACCGAAAAGGCUUUCCAAUACCUCGAGCGAUACAAGAUGGAGAAGUGCUUCAACGAUGAUAUCCAAGGAACUGGUGCUGUCGUCUUGGCUGGUUACAUUGGUGCCGUUAAUCUUUCAGGCGUCCCAAUGGAAGACCAGAAGCUCGUUUUCAUGGGUGCUGGUUCUGCCGGUGUUGGUGUUGCCAAGCAAGUUAUGGAAUACUACACUCGUCGUGGUCUUUCCGAACAACAAGCCCGCGAGAAAUUCUACCUCGUCGAUACAAAGGGUCUCGUAACCUACGACCGUGGAGAUAAGCUUGCCGAACACAAGAAAAUCUUUGCCCGCAAAGAUAACAACGGUCACCAGUUCCGUACCCUCGAGGAAGUUAUCGAAUAUGUCAAGCCAACCGCCUUGAUCGGAUUGACCGCAACUUUCGGAGUAUUUACCGAGUCAGUUGUCCGUGCUUUGAAGGCAUCAGUCGAUGCAUCGGGUCUCGGUCGCCGACCAGUCCUCUUCCCUCUCUCCAACCCAUUGACCAAAGCCGAAUGUACCUUCGAGCAGGCCGUCACAUGGACUGAUGGUACAGUCAUCUUCGCAUCUGGUUCUCCAUUCGCUCCUUUCACCAUGAAGACUGGCGAUGGCAUCACCACUUACUAUCCUAACCAGGGUAACAACGUCUACGUCUUCCCCGGUCUCGGUCUAGGUGCCAUUCUCGCCAAGACCACCCGUGUCACUGAUGCAAUGGUCUACACGUCAGCCGCAGCUCUUUCAGGCUGCCUCAAUAAAGAAGAAAUCCAAAUGGGUCUCAUCUACCCCAAGAUCCAACGUGUGCGUGACGCCUCUGUGGUCGUCGCUCGCGAGGUCAUGAAGGCUGCGCGUCGCGAAGGUGUUUCCACACUUCCCGAGGAAACUUGGGUCGAGUGGGAGGAAUGGGGAGAUGUUGCUCUUGAACAAUGGAUCAAGAAACAAGUCUACGAUCCUAAGUGGUAG